UUUAGCUCUCUUCUCCAAUACCCAGUUCCCUCUCUCUAGGGUUUUUCCAGCGAUCCAGCGGUACGGCAUCGCCGGUCGAAGCUCCCGAAAGCCGGCUCCGUUCUGGACAAGCAGCAUCGGCAGACGCCGGCGAUGAAGGUCAAAGUGAUCUCGCGCUCCACGGAUGAAUUCACCCGGGAGCGCAGCCAAGACCUCCAGAGGGUGUUUCGCAACUUCGACCCCAAGCUUCGGACCCAAGAGAAGGCGGUCGAGUACGUCCGGGCCCUGAAUGCCGCUAAAUUGGACAAGGUUUUCGCGAGGCCCUUCAUCGGAGCAAUGGAUGGACACAUUGAUUCGGUGUCGUGUAUGGCCAAGAACCCGAAUUACUUGAAAGGAAUAUUUUCUGGCUCUAUGGAUGGAGAUAUCCGCCUUUGGGACAUCGCAUCGAGGCGAACAGUAUGUCAAUUUCCCGGUCAUCAAGGUCCUGUCAGAGGUUUGACGGUAUCUACAGAUGGUCAAAUUAUGGUAUCCUGCGGGAUUGAUAGCACGGUUCGACUGUGGAAUGUUCCUGUGGCUACUCUUGGGGAGUCGGAUGGCACACAUGAGAACUCAGCAAAGCCAGUGGCAGUUUAUGUAUGGAAGAAUGCAUUCUGGGCAGUUGAUCACCAAUGGGAUGGUGAACUUUUUGCUACAGCCGGUGCUCAAGUAGAUAUUUGGAAUCAGAACAGGUCUCAGCCAAUAAGCAGUUUUGAGUGGGGAACGGACACAGUCAUAUCUGUAAGAUUCAACCCUGGAGAACCUAAUGUAUUGGCAACAUCAGGGAGUGACCGCAGCAUAACCCUCUACGAUUUGCGUAUGUCAUCCCCAACAAGAAAAGUUAUCAUGAGGACGAAAACUAAUGCUAUUUCUUGGAACCCAAUGGAGCCAAUGAACUUCACUGCUGCAAAUGAGGAUUGCAAUUGCUACAGCUAUGAUGCUAGAAAGUUGGAAGAAGCCAAAUGUGUGCACAAGGAUCAUGUUUCUGCUGUGAUGGAUAUUGAUUACUCUCCCACUGGCCGAGAAUUUGUAACUGGAUCCUAUGAUAGAACAGUAAGAAUUUUCCAGUAUAAUGGAGGUCACAGUAGGGAAGUUUAUCAUACGAAAAGAAUGCAAAGGGUAUUCUCCGUCAAGUUCACUUGCGAUGCGAGUUAUGUUAUAUCUGGGAGUGAUGACACCAACUUGAGGCUUUGGAAAGCUAAAGCCUCCGAACAGCUGGGAGUUGUUCUCCCAAGAGAGCGCAGGAAGCAUGAGUAUCAUGAAGCUGUCAAGAACCGAUACAAGCACCUCCCUGAAGUAAAGCGUAUUGUCAGACAUAGACACUUGCCUAAACCAAUAUACAAGGCGGGUAUUCUAAGGCGCACCGUGAAUGAAGCAGAGAGAAGAAAAGAAGAAAGAAGAAAAGCACACAGUGCCCCUGGAUCUAGUUCAGCAGAGCCAUUACGUAAAAGAAGAAUCAUCAAAGAAAUUGAGUGAUACUUCUUCUAUUAAUGUGUUGUGCAGCAUGGCAUAAUAUUUGCAUUUCUCAAAUCAGUAUUGUUGGAUGGGGCCAUCUUUCUCAAGAGAUUGCUUUCGAGUGAGAAGUUGCUUCACCUCAGAGAUGAGAGGACAACGAUGCACAAGCUCCUCUCAGUCUUAACAAUUUUGGUAGAAUACGAAGGUCCUUUGUUAUGAAGGGUGGCUCCAGAGUUAGCCAAUGGCUGGUCAUGCAAGCUUUUGCCUGGAGCAUUACUAUUGGUCAGGUUCUGAUUUAUUGGAUAUUUAUCAAGACAUGAUUUGAUUGUAUCAUAAGCUUUGAUCUUAACUUAGUUCAAAAAGGGAGAGGAGAUUUUGUUUCCUUGUAAAUCAGACAAAAAACAGAGGAAUUUAUUUAUUUUUAUGCAGAAUUGGAGAUGAAAUUGCUGAGCCA